CAACAGUUCGGUACGUUCCUGAGAAUCCGACUUCCAAAUACUUUUACCUAUAUUUAAGUACAAACCAUACGUCUUUGUUUAUUCAAUGUGAGAAUCUGAGUCUAUGUAAUGUUUAAUAAAAGUUAGUUAAAAAUAACCUUUGGCAGUAUGGUGUCACACCCACAAUCCCGUGGGAACUGUCAUAAGAACAUUACUUUUAACGCAGCCAGAUAGAGAAAUCAACAUCAGAGUGCAUUUUAAUAUGAAACAGUGCGUUUGGUGCAUUUAUUUCUAGAUUCUGGGAUUUUGAUAUAAUGGGACGUAAGCACAAAAAGUCUUCUCAUCAAAAAUCCAAAUGGAAUCAGUCAUCAGUUGAAUGCACCUACGAAUUGGCUGAGCAGGAUGAUACGCAUAAAAAUAAAAAUAUUUUUGAUAUCCAAACAUCGGAUGUCAUGGGAAGAUAUAUUACUGCAGUAAGCAGGAUACAUCAAGGUGAAGUCAUUAUGAGUGAGCUACCCUUAGUAGUAGGGCCAUGUGCUGACUCUGAGGCACAAUGUUUAGGCUGUUAUGAAAACUUGGAAAGGCAAGAAACCGGUUUCACCAGAUGUAACUGCGGCUGGCCAAUUUGUUCAAAAACCUGCCCAGGCCGCAAUCUCCCUUUAGGACAUACAGAAACGGAAUGUAAUAUUUUGAAAAAAUCCAAUUCUGCUAAAAGUCUAAAUCCCAAAGAUCUAUCACAAAUAACACUCCAUCUACAAGCAAUAGCACCGCUGCGAUGUCUUCUUCUACGAGAAGUUGAUCCUUCAAAUUUUGAACUAAUUAUGAGAAUGGAGCAUCAUAACGAUGCACGAAAAAACAUAACGCAAGUAUGGAACACGAAUCAGGUUAAUGUUGUAGACAGGAUUCGAAACGACUGGUGCUUGACAGAAUUUUCUGAGGAUGAGAUUCAUACAGUUUGUGGAGUUCUGGAGGUGAAUAGCUUUGAAAUAGGAAGAAAAAACAAAGCAAGAGGACUAUAUCCAACAGCUUUUUUGAUGAGCCAUGAUUGUGUGCCUAAUACAAAUCAUGUGGAUGAUGAAAAUUAUAAAUUAACUAUCACAGCAUCUACAAUAAUACGUCCAGGUCAAGCAAUAACUCUGAACUAUGCCCCUACAAUGCAGAGUACACUGAAAAGGCGAGAAUAUAUCCUGAACAACAAAUUCUUUGAAUGCUGUUGUAUUAGAUGCUCUGAUCCAGCUGAGCUAGGCAGCUACUUCAGUGCAUUGAUUUGUCCAAAAUGUCAAACAGGACUCAUUCUUUGUGACAAGCCGCUAAGCCUCCAGUCUUCAUGGAGCUGUAAUAAUUUUCCAAAAAGAUGUGUUGGGUAUAAUAUGACCGCUAGGUCUAUGGAACUCCUUUUGAACAGGUAAACAGGUAGUGCUUCAAAACCUUUUAUUUUCUUCUUCGCAAGAUUAUGCUUGUAUAAUGCAACUUUCCAAUGCUGCUUUAUCUCAAAAUCACUUGCUUCCCAUUUUCUAUUUUUUUGUAGGAUUUUCCAGGAAGUCGAAAAAGUUGACUGCAACGACAUCAGAGGCAAGGAAGCUUUCUUGGACAAGUUCAAAAAUGUUCUACAUCCAUCGCAUUACUUGAACUUUGGGGUCAAAGUAUCACUUAGUCAACUUUAUGGCAAGAUUGAUGGUUUUUUAAUUCAUGAACUGGACGACAGUGCUUUGGAGAGAAAAGUCGAGCUUUGCAAAGAAGUUCUUGAAAUAUUCGAUGUAAUUGAACCUGGGUAUACCAGAAUCAGAGGCGUGACUCAAUAUGAAAUCCAUGCCCCAAUGAUGAUCCAGCUCACUCGGCAGCUUUCCAAAGGAUUGGACAUAUCAAAAAGUGAGAUGAAAUCUAAAUUAAGAGAAAUAGUGAAGUAUUUGAGGGAGGCCAAGCUGAUUUUGGAGCAAGAACCUGUAGAGUCUCCCGAAGGGCAAAUGGGCAAAGCUGCUACACAAGCGUUGUUGCAAAUCAAGGAUUGGGAGAAAAUAGUUGGAAAAUUCUAAUUCGUAUUUUAUUUUUAUUUUACUCCUGAGUAUUUUUUAAUAUCUCAACAUUCUCACAAUAAAAAGCUUUAUAACAACUUUCUGAAUUGAUAUUUAAGGUUAACUAUUUUUAUGUAUUAUAAUAAUGGUGUAAUUCUGUGAUAUAUUAACAAAAAGCAAAAUUUACAACUAGGUACACAUUUUUAUCUGUUGAUUAGGGAUGAUAAACUUGCUAAUGGAAAAUACAUGUCAAUAAUUUUUCGUUUUAUGACUUAAACCUGAAAUUUAAUAUUUUAAUUUCGAGACCACAUCAGAUUUCUGGUUUUGUUUUUAUCAUUUUCUUUAUAGUCAAAUGUUAAAUGGCAUUUGUGGCAAUAGGUAACUUCAAUUU